AUGCUAGGCCUGAUUGAAACAAAAAAGAGUACAGUCCCAAAAUUUGAGGUAGUAAGCUUCUGGGGGUGGGACAAUGUUGGGUGGGAAUAUGUGGAGUCUGAUGGUGCUUCAGGUGGUUUGCUGUUAAUGUGGGAUGAAAUGUCUUUUAAAAUGAAUAAUUGUUAUAAAGGGGAGAGAUGGUUAUGCGUAGAAAGGAUCAUUUUGAACAACAAUUUCAAUUGUGCUUUUUUCUUGGUUUAUGGUGCCCAUAAUAGAGACAAAAAAAUUGUUGUGUGGGAAGAGCUGAGUUAUACAGCUGGUUUAUGUCAGGUCCAUUGUUGUUUCAUGGGAGACUUUAACGAAAUUAUACAGGUAGAGGAAAGAAAAGGUAAUGCUAGCUUAUCUAUUUUGGCUGAAGAGUUUAAGAGCUGGGUGCAAGAUAUGCUUUUGGUGGAUUUACCGCUUACUGACCGGAUGUUUACCUGGUUCAGAGGAUGGUCCUGUAGCAGGAUUGAUAGAGUCCUGGUUAAUUUAGAAUGGAUGGAGGAGUUCUUAGAGAUUCGCUUGAGAGGAGGACCACGGUGCUUGUCAGAUCACUGCCCGAUGAUAGUAGAGGAUACUAGUAUGAGAUGUGGUCCUAGACCGUUCCGGAGUCUUGACUCAUGGUUUACACAUGAAGGUUUUCUAAGAGUGGUCAAGGAAGAAUGGAAGGGGUUAGGGAAUUUACAACUCAGAUAA